GGACCGUUUUAGAACUGAAUCCAAACUGAGGGGAACACAUUGUCUCCUGGCUUCCUUUGUUAUUCAAAGUGUCCCAGCAGCAGCAGAAAGUCCAGGAGCGGUGGGAUUGGACUGCUCUGGGUCAGCCCCUGCUUUCUCAUGAUAAGGAAGGCAGGGCCGAGCUGCUGCUCUGCAAACAACUCAACUCUUUGGAGGAGAGCGGGGCCGGCUGGAGCACAAUACGGGACGGAGCCUCUGUGGGAGAGCGACUGAAGAACAACGGGGCAGCCAAGGAGACCACAGAAAUACUCUUCCCCCAAAUCCCCAAGUCCGCACAGAGAGAGGAGACAAAGACAGUGCAGAGAACAACAAAAGCAUUCUUUGCUUUCAGUCCAGCACCAAAAAAAAAAAACAAUAAGUUGAGCAAGAUCAUUUUCCCUUCAGAACCAAAUUGAAGGAGAAAGGCGUGACAGUUGCAUUUGUAAUCGGAGCAACAUCUCCAAAAAACAAGGCGAGGGCCAGAGGAGUUGUGCUGCAUGAAGGACGGAUCCAUCUGGAGGAAGACGAGCUCAGAGACAGGAUGAGGGCGACGCUGACCGUCACCUGGCUGCUGCUUUCACUGAGCAUCUGUUCAGAGAGCAGUGAUUUUGCCUUGUCAUCUGAAACAGAGAAAUCAGCAAGUACAGCUGGUUUAAUCACUACCCCAACCUCACCAGAAUCCAGUACUGUCCAUCCAGUACGGUCUGAAAAGUCAAUGACCGUAACCCCAUCUGCAGGAACAACGAAUCAGCAGGAACCCACAACAGUCACCACCACACCUCCCACUACUGCUGUGGCUGUGAUAACCACUACUACAGCACAGUCAGACACCAGUGCACAGAUCUCAGUCAUAUCUGCCACCAGUUCUGCUACCAUCACUCCUGCAACCACCGCUGUCACCACCGCCGCUACGACUGUCAUCUCUACCUCGGCUACAGGGUCUACUGCCAGCAACAACUAUACAGUGUUGACUACAGCUACUGAGUCCAACAGAGGCACUACGACAUUGGCCUUGACACCAAGCGAAAGUGCCGGGAAAAAGACAGACAACACAGUUACUAUUACAGCUGGCUCACCUGUGGGGGCAACGUUUCAAAGGAGCCAAGCAACAUCGACGGCUGCCAGCAGCAACGAGGGCAACAAUGCAGGUCCCACCACACAGACUAUGACCAGACCUUCAAACUCCAACCAGGUCCCAGAGGGGAACUUCACCUCCAGCCAAGCUCCGACUGUAAAAAACUCUCAUGUCAUCACUAAAAGCCUGACCACUGAAGCCACAACAUGGGCUGGGGGGACUGAGACAAACACUGAGAUAUUUACAUUUUCUCUGAGCAAUUCAGAGUCAAUGAAAAACAAAACUCUGGUGCAAUUGUGCAAGAGCUUCAUGUCCAGCCUGGUUAACGGAACCUGCAUCGUUAAGCUGCAGAACAACAUGAGUACGAUUGACAGUUUGAUGAUUGAAGUCGACUUCAAUCUGGUACAGGAGCAACUUUCAAAACUCAACGCAGAAAAAAAACCUGCCGAAGAACCGACAGACAACAAAACCCUGACAGCCAUCCUGGCCUCGUGCGGAGCCCUCCUCAUCAUGAUCAUCAUCCUGGGCGUCUGCGUGUCCCAACGCCGCAAGCCGUACAACGAGAACCAGCUGCACCUGACCGAAGAGCUGCACACGGUGGAGAAUGGUUACCAUGACAACCCCACACUGGAGGUGAUGGAGGUGCAGCCAGAGAUGCAGGAGAAGAAGAUGGCGCUGAACGGGGAAUUCAGCGACAGCUGGAUCGUCCCCAUCGACAACCUGAUGAAGGAGGACGCUCCCGACGAGGAGGACACCCACCUGUGAGGACGAGGCGGCUGGACUCGGGUUCCACCCACUCCCACACCGCUGGUGUCUGAAUCAGUAGCAAAAUCUAAUACUGGACUUAAUUGAAAAACUUCACCAAAUCAAUCACUGACUAUGACAUUUCUCCAAACAUCUGCCAUGAUUGACAUUCUGCUCCCCCAGCCCACCCUGUAGAUAUAUCAGUGAGUCUCUGACAAACAAUCAUGCCUUUUGAAAACCAGCUAGAAUGUCUGCUCAGAGAGUUGGGAAUGUUAUGGAAAACUCACUCAUGUGCCGUCAGUGCUACAUACUCAUGUAUGUAGAUCAUUUUAAAGAGCUGAUUAAGCAGCAGUGCCCAUUCCCCCACCGCCGCUCUGGGUGAAGAGCCAUGCUGUCUGCAUGUCAAAAAGCACCACUGCCCACUCACAAAAGCAUCAAUCACUUACCGCACCUGUAAUUUACGAAAAGCAAUGGGACGGAAAAGCCCGGAAACGUGGUUCUGUUCCCGGUCCGGCUGGGUAACCGUGUUUCUGAUCUCCUCGGCUGGUCCAGAGUUUUAUCUUAGACGACCUCAGGAUACUUUAAAGCAUCCUGGUGAUCCAGAAGAAGGCUGAACAGAUACAGCUGAGUACCAACACCUCACCUGAGGAAGCCCAGCCUGAACAGGCCUGGCAGAUCAGUAGGGGUCACAGAUUACCGACAAGGUCACAUGUGAAUAUUAUGCUUUUUAGCUCCUCAUUUAUUAUGUUUUCAAUCAAUUAAGACAGAACACUAAAUAUUUAAUCAUAUAUUUUAUGAAAUAUCUGCUCUCAUGCGGUAGAUGUUCAUGAGUGGAAGUUGCCACAAAGUGUUCCGCAAAAAGAGGCUCGAUUGCCAACUUUUGCAAUGUCUGCUUGCUUUUAUUAUACGUUUUGUCAGAUUAUUUGAUAACUCAUUUGAAAGCUACAGGGUUUAAAAAUCAUGAGCUCUCUGACAAUCAGAUCUUGUUUCAGUUGGAGCUUUGGAUGGGAUCGUUUUGUAGCACUGACAGACUGAGCUCCCAGAAACUGAUAGGAAUUAAUCAGUAAAAAAAAAAAAGACAUCACUGAGCUGUUCAAAUAUUCAGAUAGGAUCAAGGUUAAAUAGAACAAGCAUCAAACUUUCAUAGAAAUGUAAAAUGUUACUUUGCACCUGCCACCUUUAGCUGCUGUUGGGUUUAAGUGAUUAUGUUAAGCUGCAACGUAACUUCAUCUAAUACUGCAGAUGAAAACCACCACUAGAACCGCUUCCAGCUCCACUCAGUCAUGAAUCUAAUCAUUUGUGUGGCGUGAUCAUGAAUGUGCUACAGAAACAAAACAGAAAAAGAAAGAAAAUAAAGAAUUGUUUUACAUCUAAAAUUAUAUCUGAAUUUGAAUCCAAUUUACCAAUAAUCGGUACCCACACAAGUCUCAUGCAAAACAAAGUGAAAUGAAAUAAAUUCAUCCAACCUGACUAAACUAUCCAUGAAGUAACCAAAUGAACAAACAACUAAAAUAGAGUGGUUUGACUAAAUACCAUCUUAUUGAAUUCAUUUUGCUCCAGAUGAUUUCCAGAAAAGCAGAUGAACUCCUUCAUGGACAUAACUAGAGCUGCACAAUGAAUGUAAAUUCAUAACCACAAACUGUUGGGAUGCAUUUGGUAAUAGAAAAUACAGGAUAACUGUCCGUAAAAUUCUCAGCCACAAUGGAAUUAAAUGAUUUCCUGAUAUUGUGCAGUUCUGGUAAAGACAAUAUGUAGCAUAUGUUGCAAACAAAUUUAGAAUACAGAACUACCAACAGAAUAUUGAGACAAAUUGUUCCAAAUGGAUAGAAAGGUGUUUAGUUUCCAGUGAAAGGCUGACCUGCUUCUGGGUUUAUUUUAACUGGAGAUGCUGAGAGACUUAAGAAAUCAACUGCUGCCAACUCCACUGGAGAAGAAAAGGAUCCAUUGUCUCACUCUGAGAAAACCGAUACAUAUCUGUAGGAUUCAUGUUGUUUUUUAAAAGAUGUUGUUGAUAUUAAAGAAAUCGAAUCACAUUUAUUUGGAGAUGAUCACACAGACAAGCAAAUUAUUUUUUCUACAGUUUCGAUUUUUUUCAACCAAUCAAGAACUUAAUGUAUAUUUACUUUCUAUCUGCAUAUUUAGAAGAAAAUCAGUCACCUUGGGCUCUUCAGUCCAAGGCCCCCAUUCUGCUGUUUUUUUUUUGUGAAUAAAAUUUCAUUUUUAUUAUAGAUGUGCUACUUUCACCAGGCUAUGUUAGCAUUCUUUAAUGUAUUUAUGGUUUGUUUGCUGCUGAAGGCGAACAGGGGUCUGACACACUGGAAACUGUAAAUUGUUGAUGGCUUUUGCCAUCGUCUUCUUGUAUCUGUUCAGGUUUGAAAAUAAAAAACUUUUUUUUUUUUUCCUA